UUGUUUUUGCUUUGCACUGGACGACAGGGGAAGAGACUCGGGGAGAUUGGUCUCUUUAAAGUAUAAAUAAGGGCAGUUCGUCGGUAUGUUUCUCAACGAAAAGGUCCACUGACGACGUACUACUGCUUGAGUUAUCUCCGGAGGUCGGUUUCCUUGAGUUUGUGCAGUUUUUAUGGCACCAAAAAAGACAGCGUUACCCAAACCGCUCCCACAGGGCUUCAUACUGACGGACACUGAGAAGAAGAAAUGGAGACUUGGGGAAAUCAUCGGUCAAGGGGGCUUUGGACUGAUCUAUCUCGCCUCCCAGGAUGUAGACCGCCCUGUUGCAGCAGACACGGACUUUGUCAUAAAAGUGGAGUACCAGGAGAAUGGCCCCCUGUUUUCGGAGCUCAAGUUCUACCAGAGGGCAGCCAAACCAGAGAGCAUGCAGAAAUGGAAGACAAGCAGGAAGCUGGACUUCCUUGGCAUCCCGACAUACUGGGGGUCAGGGCUCGCUGAACAUAAUAACCUCAGGUAUCGUUUCAUGGCUAUGGACCGCCUGGGCAGUGACCUUCAGAAAGUCUGUGAGAAAAACGGAGGUCGUCUGAAGAAGGCCACCGUGCUGCAACUUAGCCAAGGACUGGUGUCCGUUCUGGAAUAUAUUCAUGAACAUGAGUACGUUCAUGCAGACAUUAAAGCUGCCAACCUCAUGCUGGGUUACAGAGACCCUGAACAGGUCUACCUGGCAGACUAUGGGCUGUCUUACAGAUAUUGUCCUGAUGGGGACCACAAAGAAUACAAAGAAAACCCCAAGAAGGGCCACAACGGAACCAUGGAGUACACCAGCCUUGAUGCCCACAAAGGUCUUGCUCCAUCUAGACGGGGGGACCUCCAGAUCUUGGGCUUCUGUCUUCUACACUGGUUAUCUGGAUCUCUGCCAUGGGACAGCGAUCUCAAGAACCCAGUGCAGGUCCAAGAGGCCAAGGCCAGGCUGAUGGAUAAUCUGCCAGGCUCGGUCCAGCAGCUGUCUGUGAGUGGAGCCAGCACAGAUGAGGUGGCUGCAUUCCUUCUUUAUGUCAAAACCUUGGACUACCAGGAAAAGCCAGACUACCUGCAUGUCAAGAAACUGUUGGGAAGUGUGGUCAAAGGAAAGCUUGACCUCUCUGUGCCUAAAGACCCUGCUGAAAAGCCCACCACCAAGAGGCAAGAUCCUCCAACCAGGGAGAAGGAAGCGAGAGGAGCCAGAGGGGCAUCCAAAGCGAAGGCUGCAGCCACAGAGGUGGAUGAGGAACCAGAAGAGGAGAAGAGGAAGUCUAAACCUGUACCAGCUCGCAACGCAAGAGGACCUCCCAUCACUAAACCUCAGUCCCAACAGGAGGACGAUGAUGCUUUACCAACUGUCAGCAGAUCACUGAGGCCAAAGAGGGGACCUCGGGUGAAUUAUAAAGAAGAUGACAGUGAGGAUGAAGAGGAGAAGGAGGAGACGGCCAGACCCAGACCCAUACCUGAAUGCUAUUUGAGAGGCCCCCCAAUAGGCCCGAGAAAUCAACCAAAACAGGAAACUAAAUCCAACUGGAGCUGCUGGGAAGGAGAAAACCUCACUGUAACCUCAGAGCGACGACUCUGCCCACAAAGGAGAAAACACAAACAGUCAGAAUGUAAAAAGGAGUAUCAAUCAUACAUGGACUCUCAUGAGCGAUUCGAUGAAAGGCUGCUGAACCACAGAGACCGCUACAGCUAUCAACAGUGGUGGGACAGCGAGCACCGAGAUGGCCGCAGUGAACGGGGAGAGUCUGCUCACAGAGGUACAAAACAGGAGGCUGAUCCUGUGCAGCGAGGGGGACUGUGGUCUCGGCUCAUCUUUGUGAGCGUCUUCCUUUUCCUGGGUGCGGUUCUUGGAGUUUGUCAAAGCGAGUUUAAUCCCUUUUUUUGAGAAGGAAGGCAAAGUGGCACCUCAGGACUUCUGGGCCGCCAUUUUUACAGUUAUGGGCUGAAAUGAAAAGAGAACCAUCAUUUUAAUGUGAAACAAGAAGUUCUGAUCAAUUUGAACCUUGGACCUUUUUUUUUUUUUAUCUUUAGAUUUGUUGUAGUCUAAAGGACUGAUGGAUACAGAAAUGUAUAGAAGUGGGAGGUUGCUUGAGUCAAGAGUAUCAAAAAACUGAACCUAACAUGUCUUUCUUUGUCUUUCUCUCACUGCCACUGGGGCACAUUGACAAAUACAUUCAUUCUACACAACACAUUAGCCUGCUGAUCUACCACCAACCAGACGAUUGUUGGUGAUUUAUUUUUUGACUAUAUUAAGUAAACUGAGGCAUUUAUUAGGAAGCGAGUUAAACAUAUUCCUGGUAUCUUUUAGUUCUCUGGCUUCACUAACCCAGACACAAGAGGUCACGCUGAACGGUCACAUGAAGUCGGUCAUCGACUCCAUGAAGCAACCCAGAGUUUUUUUGAGUGCCUUCACAUGAAUGCGUGAUCAUUCAGAUCAUGGGGGGUCAGAUCAUGUGAUCAUAAGAUAACAUCUGUCUGUAACUUUGUGUUUUUGCUGCUGCCUGUCUUGACCAGGUCUCCCUUGAAAAAAAGGUUUUUAAUCUCAGUGGGACCAACCUGGUUAAAUAAAAUAAAAUAAAUUGUGGGACGCUAUCACUUUUGUUUAUAUGAGAUUAGUGCAAUAGCAGAUGUAACCAAACUACAGCUGGUGAUAACUUUGCAAACUGGACUUUUUACAUGCUUACACAUACACAGUGCUCUGUGCUGACUCAUUGUCUCACCAUCAGAGACAGUGAGAGGUUCUCCCUCUGAUUUAUGUAUAAAGGGCUUUUGAAACUGUC